AUGGCGGCCCCCAGCAGCAACGAGGCCCAAUCCUCGCCGCCGCCCCGGCGCCUGGGCCACGUCGUCGUCAUCGGCGGCAACGGCUUCCUCGGCCACCACAUAGUCGCCCAGGCGCUGAACCGAAGCAGCAGCAGCAGCAGUGGAAAGGCCUUCUCCUGGUCCGCCACGGCCGUCACCUCCAUCGACCUCCGCUGCGACCGCAACCGCGUCCCCGGCGCCGCCUACCACGAGUGCGACAUCGCCGACGCCCCCGCCCUCGCCGCCCUCGUCGCCCGCCUGCGCCCCGACGUCGUCGUCCACACCGCCAGCCCCGUCGCCAGCGGCGAGAGCGCCGUCGCCCGCGACCUGUACCGCCGCGUCAACGUCGACGGCACCCGCGCCGUCGUCGACGCCUGCCAGCAGCCCGCCGCCGCCGUAAAGGCCCUCGUCUACACCAGCUCUGCCAGCGUCAUCAGCGAUAAUCGCUCUGACCUGCUCAAUGCCGAUGAGCGCUGGCCUGUCAUUCGUGGCGAGCUGCAGCACGAGUACUACUCCGAGUCAAAGGCCGCCGCAGAGGAAAUCGUCCUCGAGGCAAACCGCCAGUCCCCCUCCAACCUGCUCACCACCUCCCUCCGCCCCGCCGGCAUCUUCGGCGAGGGCGACGUCCAGACCCUCGCCGGCCUGCUGCGCGCCCAACGCGCCCGUCGCACAAACGUCCAGCUCGGCGACAACCUCAACAUCUUCGACUUCACCUACGUCGGCAACGUCGCCCACGCCCACCUCCUCGCCGCCCACGCCCUGCUCGCCACCGCCGCCGCCUCCUCCGUCUCGGCGCCCCUCGACCACGAGCGCGUCGACGGCGAGGCCUUUUUCGUCACAAACGACUCCCCCUGCUACUUCUGGGACUUUGCCCGCGCCGUCUGGCGUGCCGCCGGCCACGACGCCGGCACCGACGCCGUCUGGCGCCUCUCGCGCACCCUCGGCGUCGCCCUUGGCUUCCUCAGCGAGGUCUUUUCCUCCAUCGUCGGCAGGCCCCCGACUUUUACCCGCCAGCGCGCCGUCAUCUCCACCAUGACGCGUUACUACAACAUCACAAAGGCCAAGACGGUCCUGCGCUACGAGCCGCUGUGGUCCCUCCCAGAGGGCGUCGCGAGGGGCGUCGGCUGGUUCCUCGAGCAGGAGAAGAGAGACCCGGCGCCGGCACCGGCUGUCAAGGCACAGUAG